GGAGGGAGAGAGGAGGGUGAGAGAGAGAGAGGGAGACCUGUAACUGAAGUGCACAAUAAACCUGAGCUCAGAGGCAUUUCUCUCCAGUCGGACUGUGAGAAUGAGCUGCACCGCUGGAUGUCUGAAGUUUAUCUUCUCUCAGUGAAAACAUCGCGUGGUUGCAGCCAUGGAGUGCCUCAAAAACUGCUGCAAGAACUUCAUGAAGAAAAAGGGGAAGGAGCAGGAGACCCAAGUGAUCAAACUGAAGAUGCCUCCUAACAAAGCAGCAGCCUUUGGACGAGAGUCAGAUGAGGGGAGGAGGGGAGUGACAGAGGAUUACCUCCUGUCCAAGCUGCCCCCAGACGGCAGAGAGGUGCCGUUCGUCUUGCCGACCUUCAAGGCCUCCUACAUCCAGCCCAGAGGCUCCCGCUUCCCCAAUUUACAGUCCGGGCCACAGAGUUCAGCCCGGUGUACAUAUGCAGAGAGGAAGGCAGAGCUGCUGGGCUCCAGUCACUUCACCUACAGCCCGGAGGCCAGCUUCCAUCAGGGUCAGAUGACUGAGUACAUCUCCCCUGGCUCGACCCGCCGCGACACACUGAAGAACAGAAACUCCGGUUCACAUAGUCCAGGUUGGACUCUGAAGCCCGGCGGCCAGCAGCGACUGAGCAGCUCCAUGUUUGAUCUGUCCUGCCCUCAGAGUCACAUGCAGCGCUUUGACUCUGUCUCCAGCGUCCUCAGCAGCACGUCUUCAGUGAUGGGCUCCAUUGAAAGCAGCCUGGAAUCAAUCACACUGUCCGGGGAUGAAAGAGAGCUGGGGAAGGUAUGCGUUCGAUUGAACUAUCAGGAGGCUUUGGAGCAGGUGUGGAUCACUCUGGUCCAGUGUUCAGACCUCAACCUUCCUCCGGACGGAGUGGAACAACAGAAGAUUGGAUUUAAAGGGAUCAUCACCAUCCCCAAACCCAUACAGUUCAAAAGCUCAGUAAAGGAGUGCUGUCAGGACGUGUCCUUCAUGGAGACCUUUGUGUUUGCGCUUCGUCUCCAGCAGUUGCGCUGCAGCGCUUUAGUGCUGCGGCUGCAGACGCACACCCCCAGGAAACGCACCGUGGGGGAGUGUGUCCUCUCCCUACGACAGCUCGGCCCUCAGGAGACAGACCACUGGCUCGAACUCAACCCUCCGUCCAAGUCCUCUGUUUGCCACUCUGAGCUGCAUCUCACCACCUGCUUUCAGCCAGUCAAUGGGCGCAUCCAGCUCCAGAUCCUUGCUGCCCAAAACCUCCCAGCAUCCUCCUCACCACUCACCCAAGCGUUUUUUGUCAAGGCUGAGAUGCACCAGUUGGGGCGGAUGGUGAUGAAUAAGAAGACUCGGGUGAUAAAGGCCUCAGGGGGUCAGUGUCGGUGGGCAGAGACCUUUCAUUUCCAACUGGCCUCUUUAGACGAUGCCUGCUCGCUGUCAGUCAAACUCUACAGUCGCAGCUCGGUCAGGAGGAAACACUGUCUCGGACAGGUUCAGCUGGGAUUCGACAGCCCUGUCCCAGAGACUGUGGAGCAGUGGAGGGACAUGAUGGCUCACCCAGAGAAAGUGGUGGCAGCUUGGCACAGGCUGAGCGCUUCCUAAACCUCCGUCUCCUGACUUCCUCUUUACACACUGCGGAUGUAAUGCUUACGUGCAGCAGGUCCAGCUGUGCCUGCUUGCUUUUCCAGUCGGCCGGCCACAGUCCUGUCUGCUGAUACACACUUGACUCUGAUGGACCAGACUGAACGUGCUCUGAAUGCCCCGGGGGAGCAGAUUUCCAGAGAUGCGUCAGGUGGUCAGUGAUGGUUUGUAAAUAGGGGUUUUGAACAAACUGUAAGUGCUGGAAAAGGUUUCUGUGCAUUUUUCAACAAUAGCGCCUUUGCAUAACUAACAGUAAUUGUGCUGCAUAGCAUUUAUCUGUGUAUAAUGCUAUAUUUUGUAAGUCACACACCUCGUGCAUAUAACUGCUUUUUAGUGAAAACUUUGUCACCUUGUUUCAGAUGGAUAGAAAGUUUACAAGCACAGAAAGUGACACUGAAACCAAACACACUGUAUUAAAAACUUCAUGUUAUUAGUCUGUAAAUAUAACCUAUUUUGAAAGGAUAAUACUGUCAAUUCUGCAUUUUUCUUAAUGUCAACAAACCCAUAAAAAGACCAAAACCAACACUAUGCCAGCCUGUUUCUCAAUACUUUUCAACUCUGACUUUCAGCAUUUACUGUAGAUGUAAAUCUUUAAAUGUGGGUCAUGAAUAUAUAAAUUAAUGUUUAAAAAAAAGACUAAGUCACUUUCUAAAGCAGCUGGGGUUGGUAGUCUGUAGGCAAAUAUUACUUAAACUGGAGUAAAUACUGUCUUUUUGGAGACUAUGUUCACAUGGAUUAAUACACAUUUGCUUUGUUAGUAUCUCUAGCAGCAGGAUGUUUGACUCAAAAGCUACAGUGUUCAUGUUCUUUGCAAUAAACAAACAUGUCACCCAGUGUGAGGCUGAUAUGUUUUAAUAGUUUAUGGACAGUGAAUGGGGGUCAGAUUUAUAGUUAUCAAUUCUUUGUUGGUUUUUGUCUGAUUUGCUAACAUUAAGAAAAAUAUGGAAAAUCACCAGACUUAUCCUUGUGAGGUGAGCUAGAAGGUUUUUCCUUACCCUAAUUUAACUUUAUAGGAUGUAAUGUUACUGUACAAUACUGCAGCAGAUGUAUCAAACCGUAGUAUGCUUUUGAUAAGAAGCACUUUAAUUUUUUAUGUAUUUAAUGUUAAAUGUUGAAAAUUUAGUGAUUAAAAGUAGGCGGAGUUUGGAAGUAUCAAGUUAGUUUGUGUGUUUAUUAAAAGGAAUAAUGUAAAAGAGUGAUGCAAAUGAUGCAUGGUCUGUGUGGUACAUGGAAGGAAAACAGGCCGAGGUCUUCUUCAGCAUGUACCCAACACACAGUCUGCAGUAAAAUAGGUCAACAACCAUAAA